AUGGCAGCGACAGCGUCGAACGGCACCGCAGGGGCGGCUGCCGCGGAGAUAGGGCCGUACAUGAACCCCCUAUCACCGCCACAGGAGUCAUCCACGAGUGUACAGCAGUGGCAGCUUGUGGAUGCUGACAGAAACUUUGCAGCGUCGGCACGCCCCUCCACUGUUGUGUGGUCCAUGGAUUCUUUCAGAGAAACCACUCUAAGCUCUCCGAGGAGCGACGACGUGGAGCCAGCGAUGGUGGCGCCGCCACUAUCGUGGAAGGAGGAGCGGCGGCAAACGUCGCAGGCCACCGCUGCUGGGCGCCAAUCACCGCUGUUGUUAGACGACCCCCUGCCCUUGCAGGAUCAUGCGGCGGUAUUGCACCGACCGCAGGAUCGUCGGAUCAGAAACAGGGCUCAGAGGCAGGCCGUGUGCAGCAGCGACGCGAAGGAGGAUAUCACCGCCGCCGGUGAUGGAGAGUGCCGCUCCUUCACAAGGUGCAUGGCGCACUCGGAGGCCACAGUGGAGAAGCGGUUGGUCUCCGCGGCGAGAACCCCUAGCACCGCUGCGCCACAGCCUCGCCUGACCGGCGAGCACCCGCAGCGUGCGCCCCCCUCGCAGGCGCAGCAACCCCACCCAAAGCAGUCGCUGUUGCCGUCCUUCUGCCAGCCCGCACCUCACCGGCUGCCACCGCAGGCGGCGUGGGUCUCCGGCGGCGGCGGUGGCGGCCGUGCCGCCUUGAACUCAGGGGACGAGCCACUUAGCACAACGUACACAGCGGCGGCCACCUCGGAGGCAAACAACAACACAUCAGGCAUCUUUUCUGCUUCACAGUGGAUCCGGGCUACGCUGGGGGUCACCACAACGCGUUCUCGUCCCUACAAGGAGACGGUGGCCACAUCACCGUCGCCUCCACAACCGGCGACGUUGGCGUCUCGCAAGAGCCCGCCUGCAGCACAGGUGGCCGCGCAGCUGCACGAGCGUCGCGUGGCCGCGGCCCUGCAGUCCCAAAAGGAGAUGCGCGAGUUCAUGGCGAUCAUGCGGCGUAUGGAGGCUGCGGGCGGAGCCAACGCGGCACGUCAGCGUCGCCGCCGCAGGCCCUGCGGCGGCGCCGAGAAUGGCGCUAUGGCGUGUUGGCGCGCGUCGCGCCAGGCCAGCACGCCCCGAAGCAACAGCACAGUCAGCCAUCCAUCCGAGCAGCCAUCGCUGCAGGGCAGCGCUGGGGCUCGUGACGGCGGCCGCGCCAGCAUGCACGGCGAGGGGACAGACGAAGACGAGGCCAGGUCCUCGGUCACCUUCUCCGAGAUGACGGAGCUCGACGAAGACGACCAGAUUGUCGCCACCCCAAGCCCCUACCUUCGCACGGAUAGUGCAGCUAGGUCUGUGCAGGCUAGGCGGGUUCGCGGACGUCGCCGCGGAGCGCGCGGCGCUUCUGAAGUGGUGUCCCCCGAAACGUCAGCUGCCUCGGCGGAGGUAGCUGCUGCUGUAACCACGUCCCGCAUGGCCGUCUACAAGCUGCGCGAUCGGACGGCGCGGGGGUGGGUUGCGCUGCAGCACAGACGGGUAGCGCGCAUGCGCGCCGGGACGCCGGUGCUACAGCGCGAGAUUCAAGCGAGUCAGCAACGACUGCUGCGCGCCUACAAGGGCAACACAGAAGGCGGUGGUUCGGGAGCGCGGGCGCAAGCGGUGCCCCGCAAGGCCAUUGUGGACGCCGCGAACACGGAAGACGGGCUGAUGAGCGUGGCAGGACUCCCAGAUGGUACACCGAAGCUCUUUAAGAUACCGGUGGCUGGCAAUCUGAUGGCGCUGACCGUCUCGUGGGGCGGCAUCCCCGAAGAUGUGCAGCCCGACGACGGCGCUGCCGGUAGCGACGGCGACAGCGUUGAUAGCGAUUUCUCGAGCAUGAAGCACUCAGCGGCGAAUGCGAAGCGUGUGUCGCAGGCACCAGAGGUGGACGGAGAGGCAGAGGAGGUCAGUAGGAUGAAGAAUAGCGGUGCUGGUAGUGGCAUCGGCGGCGGCAAGGACUCGGACUCGCUUUGGGUCGGCGGUGAUGCACCCCUCGCGCCGAUUGCGGCGCCGGACCAGCGCAGUACAUCGCUGGCGCGAUCCUCUUCUACGCUCAGCAAUGGCACCUUGCGCACCGCCAACGCCCAGACGCUGACAUCCACUUCGCGUCUUCUCGGUGGCGACGUGGCGACUUUAGAGCAGGCGGCAGACAGCACCACGUGCCUCUCAGCUCGUGCGUCCGUGGCCGCUGCCGCACCUGAAGCCGCGGCAGCGGCGAAAGAGGAGCAGUACCUACGCAACGAGCUACAGCGACGCCUGGCACAGGCAAGCGAGUGCACCAUAUACGGGCUGCACAAUGCGCUGUGCGGCGCGCGGGGUGGCCGCCCAUCCAAGUCUGUGAGGACGGCAGCUGCUGCUACAAGCGCCGGCGUCGUUGUUGGUGGUGCUGCUGCGGCCCCGCUCAGCUCACCGAUGGUGGCGGCGCGUCGGCAUCACUCGGGGCAGUGCGCUACGUCACCCGCUCUGCGAUUCUCAGCGCAGCAGACGUUGAGUCGGAGCACGUCUGUAAAGAUGCCUUCCAUCAUACAGACACGCAACGCCGUGGUCACCACUCCUGCAUCCGCGGCAGCUGCCGGCGCGCUGGAGCGACGUGCCGACGCAUCCCUCUCUCCCCCUGACUCCUGCGGCUCCCCGAAUCGGCGAAACCGUCAGAGUGGCGCCCAGCUCGGAAGCGACGCGACAAACUCGAUGAGCAUACUCAGCUCCGUCCCCGCUGCACCGCUUUCGUGCGUCGGGGGCGGCGACGGCACGGCGGCGGCUGCGCGACCGCGCGCUGUGGCGGCGCAGACACCCGCGGGCAGCGUUGCCGCCGCCGCCGUCUUGCCGCCGCCGUCCGGCCGCCCCCGACGCAAGAAGAGCGUUCGAAAGCGGAGCACCCUGCAUCGACGCAAGCCGUUGCUGCCUGUCAUCGGCGUCGGCGAGCACUCAGCGGUGCUGCUCCAGCAGGAGUUGCUGGCGACGCGACGGUGGGAGCUGGAGGCGGACGAGGCGCGCGCCCACGAUAUUGAAUGUACCUGCGCCAUGCUGCAGCGACUGCGCCCACUGCGAGAACAGAUGAUGGUGGGCGACACGUGCCCGGGCACGCAGCGCACUGGCGCGGCGAAGCGUGUCGCUGAGGAGCCAGCCGAUCCACUGCUGCUGAUGCGCAGCCGCACACUGUUAUCACAGAUGGAGACGCCACCGGACACGGCGCUCGCGACGCCCACGCCGUUGCCGCCGCCGCCGGGGCUCUCGAAUGCACGACUCCGCAGCACCGCUGCGACUGCCGCGGGGAUAGCGCCAUCCCCGCCCCUGCAACGCAACGAGGCGGACGCCGCCAUCGCCCGUUCGCACCUGCCGCAGGCGGCGUUGUGCCGUCAACGGCAGCUGAUCUACGACGAGGCGGUGCGGCUGGACACAGGGAACCGACUCGAGGCGCGCACCGCCUACCUCGAUGCCCUCACUCAGCUCGCGCACAAGCACGUGUCCUCCGUGUCGUGGCCUGCGGUGUUGGCGCUCAUAAGCGAGUUACGUGAUCGAUUGCAGCGCGAAGCGCAGCUGACGAUCGGCGUUUCGUCAGCCACGCGGGAUGGCACAGCUAGCAAGCCGACUGUGCAGGCGGCCGCGAUAUCGUCGUCCUCGUCGGCGCUGGCGCUGACGGCGACGAAGCCAACCGCGAAGCGGCGCAGCUCAUCCUCCACGAUGUCCUCACUGUUGCGGACCUCUGCGGCACUCCAAGCAAACCCACCAGCGCUACCGCCAUCCGCACAACAGUAUGGUGGUCUGCAGCAGCUCAUCGCCACCCACCUCGGCGUGCUCGAGUUGACGCAGUGGCCGGUGCAGGAGGUGUUGCAGCACCUCGCAGCUCUCUAUAGCGUCCCGCUCUCCCUCCUGCACGAGUGGAUCGCUGAGCAGCAGCGGCGCUACUCGCGCUCGUACAGCUACGAGGAACGGUUUCUUGCGAUUGAUUGCACCAUUGCCGGACGCGCGGCCACGACCGACACGGUGCUGCGGCUCACACUGCACCGUUGCCGUCGACCACCAUUGGCACCGCUUCAAAACUCGCCGAGGGCGGCGGGUAGCGAGAGAAUGGGCUACGCCAGCGGCGUCCAGCAGCAGCAGCAGCCUUCUGGAGAGGAAGGGGGCCUGUACUACAUUCGGGUGCGGUCGCUAGUGCAGUCCGUGGCGUCCACGGCGGUCCCGCUGAGUUUGACGGCAGCGGCCCCGUUCUCGGGGGCGGCCGCGCCCCUGCGCGCCUUUUCGGCGUCGCCCAGGAAAGUCGCGCACUCGUCGACGGUGCGCUCGCUCUCUGCGAUGGCCUCCGAUGCCUCCGCGCUGCCGCCCUCAUCGUGUGCCAGGGCUCUCAACUUCCUCGGCCAGACCUUGAUUGUGAACUUGCUCUCCGCUGCCGCUACCGCCUCCGGCCGCUCAAGGGAUCACCGGCGCCGCACCGUGACCAGGAGAACCCUUGUGCACCGCAGCAAUGGCAGCGGCGGUGCUGACGCCGACGCGGAGACCGACGACUCUGUACUGGCGGUGGAGCUGAUGCAGGCAGGUAGCACAACCCCUCUGGCGUGCGGCGCGCUGAACCUGCGCAAGCUCGGCUUCAACGCGCACAACCCGAACAACGGUGGCGGCGGCGGUCAGAUGCGCGCGCAGAACGUGCAGAUCGCGCUGAGGCGCAAAGGUUACCGAAGCGCGAUGCUGAGUGCAACGCUGGAGAUGAUGUGA